AUGCUCGGGUACCGGGCCUCCCUGACCCCGAUCACGAUGUCGGUAAGGAACAUCAGCAUGACGCCGGCCUGCUCGGGCGACAAGAAGGAUGAGGCCGCCACCUCCCAAGCAAAGAAGUCGAGUGUCCCAGAGCACUGGGAGGAGGAGAACGCGUCUGCGAGUGAGGCCACCGUCAAGGCUGACAAGGCGGAGGUCACCAGUGUCCAGGAGUUGCAAGAGCUGUCAGUGAAGACCAUCAAGGGUGAGAAGAACCACAUCAAGGAGAAGAUGACCUCCAGCAAGUGA